ACAAAUACUAAUUAAUGCACCUUCUCUAUAUCUUCUUCCUAAGGUUAAUGCUUCUUCAUGUUUGUUGUCACCAACCCAACUUCGUCACUCUUCAUUUCCUUUUCCCUAUAAAACCCCUUCUUCUCUUAAUCUCAAUGCUCAACAAACUCUCUCUUCAAAUGUCUCCCCAACGCUCCCUUGAACCCUGGACCACCCUUGCCGGAAAGGUCGUUAUGGUCACCGGCGCUUCCUCCGGCCUCGGCCGUGACUUCUGUCUCGACCUCAGCCGUGCCGGCUGCCGUGUUGUCCUGGCCGCUCGUCGAGUCGACCGCCUCCAGUCCCUCUGCGAUGAAAUCAACAGGAUGCCGUCGCCGGCGGAGCUCGCAGAAGGUGACCGGAGCCUCCGUGCCGUCGCCGUGGAACUUGACGUUGCCGCGGAUGGCGCUGUCAUCGAUAGACACGUGCAGAAGGCGUGGGACGCCUUCGGCCACCUCGAUGCGCUGAUCAAUAACGCCGGUGUCAGAGGAACUGUGAAGUCACCAUUGGAAUUGUCUGAGGAGGAAUGGAACCAUUCAUUCAGAACGAACCUAACUGGGACGUGGUUAGUUUCAAAAAGCGUAUGUAAACGCAUGCGUGACGCUCAGAGGAAAGGAUCAAUCAUCAACAUUGCUUCAAUUGCUGGUUUGAAUCGUGGUCAAGUGCCUGGUGGAGCUGCAUAUUCAUCUUCUAAAGCAGGUGUCAAUAUGCUGACAAAGGCGAUGGCAUUGGAAUUGGGGGCACACAAAAUCAGAGUGAAUUCCAUAUCACCAGGACUUUUCAGAUCCGAAAUCACUGAAAAAUUAAUGGAAAAAGAUUGGUUGAAAAGGGUGGCGAUGAAAACAGUACCCUUGAGAAGUUUUGGUACUUCUGAUCCAGCAUUAACAUCCUUAGCUCGUUAUUUAAUUCAUGAUUCUUCUGAAUACGUAUCUGGCAACAAUUUUAUCGUCGAUGCUGGAGUCACCUUACCUGGCCUGCCUAUUUUCUCCUCCCUAUAAACCAAUCAUAAUAAACUUUUACAUUUUAUAUUCAUUUAACAACCCUUUUACACAUAAGCUCAACUAAAAUAUUGUACCCUUAAUUUUAGACAUGUAU